AUGCGUAUAGAAAAUGAUUUAAAAGCAAAUAAUGUUUCCUCAUUUCGAUUUACAUCGUAUUCAUCAAUAUUAAUUAUGCAGUGUGAACAACUUCUAUCAAUUGUUUCAAAUCGAACAGCGUUUUCAAAUAAUCAACAAUUAGCACCACCAUAUAUACGACAAUUAUUAGCGAGACAUAACUUGACAUUACGCUUACCUAAAACUAUGCCGGAAUGUGUUCUUGAAUUAAGUCGUCUUAUGAACAGCACAAAUGAAUUUGAUAUAUCUAAUAAAAAAGUUCAACAAAACUACGGUAUACAAGAGCGAUCACGUUCAUUAAUUAUAUUUGUUUUUCUUAUUGCAUUUGUUUCGCUUAUAUCAAUUAUUGGAAAUUUAUGUUUAGCAAAAGUCAUUUAUUCGAAACGUUUUCGUUUAUUACAAACGGAUAGAAUCGUUUUAUGUCUUGCAUUAAGUGAACUGUGUCUUGUUUUGAUUGAUUCACCAACAGAAAUUUAUCGAUUUCUUUCAUAUUCAUUUUCACAAACAUGGCUUUGUCGUUUUCAUACAUUUUUUGAAUCGUUAUUUUCAUCGUGUAUUAUCUUCUAUCAUUUACUAGGAGCAUUUGAUCGUUUUGUUUACAUUCAUGGUCAUGCAUUAUCAAAAGAAUCAUCAUCAUCAAACUGGUGUCGUCGUAUAUCAACAAAAUCAGGCUCAAUUAUAUUAUUAAUUUUACCUAUAUUAUGUAGUUUACCUAUAGCUAUUUGUAAUUUACUUCAUGCACAUGUUUUACGAACAUCACCAAGAAUGAAAAUCUGUAUUGUACAAUAUACACAUGGAAUUUUAAUAAGUUUUUUAAUAUUUUUCUAUAUAUUACCAUUAUUAUUUUCAUUUUUUCUUCAUGCUAAAUUAAUCUAUUUUAUACGCGCUAAACAUCAUCGACGUUAUAUAACAAAAAGAAAACCAUCUAAUAGAUUAUCGAUGAGACAUAAUGAUACAUUAGCUUCACAAAUGAUCGUACAGAAAAAACGACGUGGACAAAAUCAAAAUGUUUUUAUUAAUGAUCCACAAGUCUUACAACUAAAAAUGAUGAAUACAAAAACACUCAAUAGAAAUAUUGUUAUGUCUAAUAAUAAUACAAUUGUAAACGCAAUGGGUGUCGGCAACACAUCAACAACAACUGGCCAACGUACUAGAAAACAUAAUCCAUCGAAUUCUUCAACAUCAAGUCGUUCAUCAACUCGAACAACUUUUGCAUCACCAGCAUCGCCACCCAUAAAUUAUGCCAACAGUAUACGAGCAAAUGCUAAUGCAAAACGUACAGUAGUUUUACUUGUUUUAUUACUUUCAUUUUAUGUCCUCUGUUGGGCUCCAUACAAUAUUUAUACAUGGCAUCGUGCUUAUCAAUUGACAGCAAAAACUCAAAAUCACACUUUAUCGAAUCCUACAUUAUCAUUUGAUUUCAAUCAAACAGUUGCAUCAUUAACCUAUAAUAUCCAUGCGGAUUUACGUCGAUUUAUAUUUAUUAAUUAUUCAUUAUAUCUUUUAUCUAUGAUAUCGAUGUGUUUUAGUUUUAUAUUUUAUUUCUCACUUAAUAAACAAGCACGUCAGGAAUUUUCACGUAUUAUUACUUGUAUAUGUCCAAGAUUUGUUGUCAAUCGUAAUGAAAUACAGAGACAACAAUAUCCCAGACAAGAAUAUAAAGGAGCAAGAUGUUUACAAUAUCAUAAAAACUAUGAAAAAAAUUAUCAACGAAAUAACCAAAUAUUAUCAUGUCCACCAAAUAAUGAUCAACAAGCAAAAGCAGCGAAACUUAAUCUUUAUCCAAUGAUUACAUCACCGACGCCAAUACAUGAACAAAAUAAUGAAAAACAUAAAUUUUUCUCAACCGUAAUUUGA